AUGGCCGACCACCCUCAACCUCCCCAAGCAGGCCCACAAACCGGCGUCAAAGGGAUCAAGGCGGACGCUCAAAGGCAAACGGAAACCGACCUCGACCUUCAGAAGUUGACUAUCGACGAACGGAAUCGAUAUCUGGAGAGCAAGAGCUUUCAAGCUCAGACGCAUGAUGAGGAGUAUCAGGAUCGGGCGGAGGAACAGAGGGAGAGGCUGAAUGGGAAGGUCCUUGAUGGGGAUGGGAAGGAAAAGGACAUCGACGAUGGUCAGCACGAGGGCGAGGGCGACGACGAGGACGAUGAUCAGGCGUUCAGACGGCAAUGGAGAGAACGGCGGUUACAGGAGAUGAAGCAGCAACAACAACGAAACCACGAUGGUCUGAAUCAUAGUACCGAGGACAGGGAUGGACAGGACGAGACGAACGACGAUUGGAAGCUAGAGAAAAAUCGACUGAGAGAGGUCGGGCCCGAGGGGUUCUUGAAAGCCGUCGAAGGGUCUGGAUGGACGGCGGUCUUGCUUUACGAGCCGGACCUUCCACGGUGUCAACCCUUCAUCCAAGCGUUCGUCGACCUCUCCUCGUCCAACCCGUCGAAUCCGAUGGUCUCUUUCCUCAAAGCCAGAGCGACUUCGUUGUCCUUUUCCUUGUUACCCGAAUCUCAAUCUCAGCCCUCUACGAUACCGGAGGAACGGGAAGACGAUCAUGAUGGUGAUGAUCACGAUGACGAUGCAAGAGACGGAGCAACGCAAUCGCAACCGCAAUCGCGGUCCGACCCAGACGUCCUCCCCAGCGUACUCGUCUAUAAAGCAGGAGAAUUGAAGGAGAGCUUCAUCAGGAUCGAUUUCGACGUCCAGGUGGGAGAAGGCGUUGAUGGAGGUCUAGCGGACGAGUUGGGGAGGUUGUUUCGAAGGAAAGGGCUGCCGAUAGCAAAGUAG